AUGUUUGAGAGUGCAGAGCUGUACUUCAAUGUGGACCAUGGCUUGGAGGGCCUGGUGCGAGGGUGCAAGGCCAGCCUCCUGACCCAGCAGGACUACAUCAACCUAGUGCAGUGUGAAACCCUGGAAGAUCUGAAAAUUCAUCUCCAGACCACUGAUUAUGGCAACUUCUUGGCCAAUCAAACCAAUCCUCUUACUGUUUCCAAAAUCGACACUGAAAUGAGGAAAAGGCUAUGCAGAGAAUUUGACUAUUUGCGGAAUCAUUCCCUGGAGCCACUCAGCACAUUUUUUACCUACAUGACAUGCAGUUACAUGAUAGACAAUGUGAUUCUACUCAUGAAUGGUGCGUUGCAAAAAAAAUCAGUGAAAGAAGUUCUGUCUAAGUGUCACCCACUGGGCCGUUUCACAGAAAUGGAAGCUGUCAACAUUGCAGAGACCACUUCAGAUCUCUUUAACGCCGUGCUGGUUGAAACACCAUUAGCUCCAUUCUUUCAAGACUGUAUGUCUGAAAAUACUCUUGAUGAACUGAAUAUUGAAUUACUGCGCAAUAAACUCUACAAGUCUUACCUGGAGGCAUUCUAUAAAUUCUGCAAGAAUCAUGGUGAUGUCACAGCAGAUAUUAUGUGUCCCAUUCUUGAGUUUGAGGCCGACAGACGUGCUUUUAUCAUCACCCUCAACUCCUUUGGCACUGAGCUGAGCAAAGAAGACCGGGAGACCCUCUUCCCCACCUGCGGCAAGCUCUAUCCUGAGGGGUUGCACCUGCUGGCUCAAGCAGAAGACUUUGACCAGAUGAAGAGAGUAGCCGAUCUUUACGGUGUAUACAAACCUUUGUUUGAGGCUGUAGGUGGCAGUGGGGGAAAGACAUUGGAAGAUGUGUUUUAUGAGCAUGAGGUACAAAUGAAUGUGCUGGCAUUUAACAGGCAGUUCCACUAUGGAGUGUUUUAUGCGUAUGUAAAGCUGAAGGAACAAGAAAUGAGAAAUGUUGUGUGGAUAGCGGAAUGCAUUUCACAGAGACAUCGAACUAAAAUCAACAGUUACAUUCCAAUUUUAUAA